AACGAGUUUUUGGUUCAGGAAUUUCUUGAAUUCCCGAUAAGCCAAAUUAGGGUAUCGGAGUAUCCGGAAGCCGGAUUGAGCCCAAAUUUCAUAUACGAGCUUCCUGCAGCGAGGGGAUAUUAGGAAGGUCUCGGAUUUUAAUUCGGGGUUCGUUCGUGAAAUUGACGUUUUAGUACGGGAAGGUUAAACCGGUGUUUGAAC